GGGCUGCCGAACUGCAGGACUCUCGUGUUGACCAAUCAGAGGAGGAAUAUUGAUUUUCUUGUUGUUGGCCUCGGUUUCACAUUCCGGCAUUUCAGCCUCAUCGUUAGCAGGAGUCAAAAUGAGUCUAGGUUUGACAUUAAGAGAAUUGCUCGCAUUAACAGAAUCUGCCGCACCGAACGCGACUAAAUGGGGCGAAAUCGAUAAGGUAUUACGUCUGCUGUAUGAACGUUACACGCGCGUUCAAGAUGAACAACUGCGUCGGUUGGAGGAAUUAGAGAGGGACCGCAUACUUAAACUGACAGCGGACAGUAUGUUGACACGUUCAGACUCAUCAACGCGUGCUAAACCGCGUGCAUACAAAGCAAAAAUUCAUACCGGGCAACUAACAAAGCUCACCUGGAUGGAAAGGCAAAAGCCUGGCUAUGAUCCGCCACCAGAAAAUGCCCGCAAACGAAAGAUAACGGAUAGUGGAAGAACCGGAAGCCCCGAUGUCACAGACAGUAAACGCAAAACAAGAGUGGAUCAAGCUGAACAGCCAACAAAGAUAGCUAAAGUUGAUCAGGAGGCAUAUUUACAUCUACCGUUGUGGAUGGUGCGCAAUCCUACGGAAGAAAUGCGAGCAUUUUUACAAACACAAGAUUGUUCGCGUUUGUAUCAACUUGGACCCCCACUGGUUUUUCAUUGAAAUGAGCUGGAAAACUCUCGGCUAACUGCCGAACGUGGAUCAAACUCAGCCUUGUACGCUGUAGAUCAAGCAGAAAGUAACUUAAAGUGCGGUUGUUACAAUUCUACAUCAUGCUGAAUCAUUUACUGAAUAUUUAAUUAUCUUUUCGAGCGACAUGUAAAUGAUAUACGAAACGUCGUCUGUCAUUGUACAUUCGAAAUCUUACAGGCAAUCUUUUACAAGAUUACACCAACUUUCGCACGC